AUGCUCACCCGUAAAUCGCUUCCCCCAGGCGUUCCUUUCCUCGCCCGCCUCGCUAUUGUUGUCGCGACCCCGCCCGUCGUCGUCUUCGUCGCCUCCCGCCUCCUUGCCGUCUAUCACGUUGGCCUUCCGCUCUGGGCCUGGCUCGUUGCCGGCGCCCUGAGCGGCCCUGUCGCGCUCACCGCACGCAUCUGGUCCAAGUACCGUUCCUUUCGUCGCCGCGCAGACCGCGCCGGUGCCGCCCUGCCCCCCGCGCUCGAGGGCAGGGAAAUUGGCAACUUCGAUACCCUCCGCGGCAUCAUCGAGGCGUUCAAAACCGGAUAUCCCUCCGACAUGUUCGACUACGGUUUUGGUGAUCUCCCAGUACAUGGGGUCACCGUACCCCAAACAGACACCUUCCAGUACAACGUGUUCUGGGACAUGGGUAUAGUCACCAAGGACCCAAACGUCGUCAAGGCCGUGCUCGCUACCGAUUUUCCCAACUUCGAAAAGGGAGAGAUGUUCCACCAGUACACAGACUCCCUGUUUGGCACCGGCGUCUUCAACUCUGACGGUGAUUUGUGGAAGUUCCAUCGGUCCAUGUCCCGGCCGUUCUUUAAGAAGGAACGCAUCAGCCACUUUGAAAUCUUCGAGCGCCAUGCAGAUCUUGCGCUCAGCAUGAUCCGGGAACGUGCACGGUCCGACGCGGCACUGAACUUCCAAGAGCUCAUCGCACGGUUCACUCUCGACUCCGCCACCGAAUUCCUCUUCGGCAAUUGCGUACACAGUCUGAACGCGCCUCUUCCGCACCCUCAUGGGGAGGCACUGUUCGGUGCCGAAGUCAAAGCGGACAGAACCAUAAAGGAGCGGUUCCCCGAGGCGUUUUCCACCGCCCAGCGCCUGGUCGCCGAGCGCCCUCGGAUCGGCUGGGUGUGGCCGAUUAUGGAAGUGUUCAAGUCGAAAACGGACGAACACAUGGCGGUCGUCGACGCGUUCAUUGAGCCUCUCCUUCAAGAGGCGUUGAGGAAGAAGGACGAGCGAGUUAAAGCCGGUGAAACGUUCGACGUCAAGGAGAGCCAGGAUGAUGAGACGCUUCUCGAUCACCUUGUGAAGCAGACGUCUGAUCUUCAGAUUCUCCACGACGAGACGCUAAAUAUCCUUCUCGCCGGAAGAGAUACGACUGCCGCGGCUUUGACUUUCGGAGUCUACCUUCUCUGCCAGCACCCGGCAGUUCUAGCGCGCCUCCGAGAUGAGAUCGGUGGACACAUUGGCUUCUCUCGCCGUCCGACGUACGACGACAUCCGCGACAUGAAGUAUCUUCGAGCGUUCUUGAACGAAACUCUGAGACUUUACCCGUCUGUCCCGUUUGACAUCCGCUUCGCGAUCAAGGAUGCGACUGUACCAAGCCCAGACGGCAAACCAUGGUUCAUUCCGGCCAAGACUCCCGUCGUUUAUUCGAUCUUCAACAUGCACCGCGAUCCGAAGUACUGGGGCCCGACGGCGGACCAAUUCGACCCCGACCGGUUCAUAGACGAACGCCUGAACCAGUACCUCGUUCCCAACCCGUUCAUCUUCCUGCCGUUCAACGCCGGGCCUCGCAUCUGCCUCGGUCAACAGUUCGCGUACAACGAGAUGUCGUUCUUCAUCAUCCGGCUGCUGCAAAACUUCUCAUCGAUGUCGCUCGACCUGUCCGCGCAGCCGCCAUCUGCCCGCCCGCCGCCGGAGUGGAAGGAGUGCUCGGGACGGAAGGCGGUCGAGGAGGUGCACCCGAAGUUGCACUUCACGCUCUACGCCGAGGGCGGCUUGUGGGUAAAAAUGCGUGAAGCCGACAACGGAAUUGUUCCGUAG